CAGAGAACAAACAAGCUUCAAAAAAACCCCUUUCAAUUUCCAUCUACAAACUACUCAGAAGUUUAACAUACCCGAAACCAAGAUGCAGUCUUUAGCCCCGUCUUCCUCCAUUAGUAUCAAGUCAAUAAUGCGGACGCCGUCGCCGUUACCUAACCCCCACCGACUCGCUUUCACAAUUCAAUGCGCCGCUAGCCGUUUUGACUCGGCGCCCAACGCCACCAAUCCAUCCGUCUCUUCGGCGGCGGUGCCGUCCACCAACUACUUUGCGUCCGGCGGAGUUGGAAAGAACCGCGCAGAUUGGCAGAGCUCUUGUGCGAUUCUGGCCAGCAAGGUUGUAUCGCAGCAGCAGAACACCGAGAAGACAGGCGGUGCGGAUAAUAUCACGGUUGUAAACGGGCAUAAAACUCUAGAUCUGGUACCGGUUGAUAACCUUCCGAAACCGCUUACCAUCACCGACCUUUCGCCGGCGCCGAUGCACGGUGCGCAGAUGCGAGUUGCUUAUCAAGGCGUUCCUGGUGCGUACAGCGAGGCUGCUGCCGGAAAAGCUUAUCCGGAGUGCGACGCUAUUCCUUGUGAUCAGUUUGAGGUUGCAUUUCAAGCUGUGGAGCUUUGGAUCGCAGAUCGUGCCGUUUUGCCUGUGGAGAACUCUCUCGGUGGAAGUAUUCAUCGGAAUUACGAUCUGCUCCUCCGCCACCGUCUCCACAUCGUCGGUGAAGUCCAGCUCCCCGUCCACCACUGUCUCCUAGCUUUACCAGGCGUUCGUAAGGAAUACAUCAACCGUGUGAUUAGUCAUCCACAAGCCCUAGCGCAGUGCGAGCUAACUCUCACCAAACUCGGCUUAAACGUCACACGCGAGGCCGUCGACGAUACAGCCGGAGCCGCCGAAUUCGUAGCAGCAAACAACCUCCGCGACACAGCAGCAAUCGCAUCAGCACGCGCCGCAGAACUCUACGGCCUGAACAUCCUUGCCGACGGGAUACAGGACGACUCGAGCAACAUCACACGCUUCGUGAUGCUUGCACGCGAGCCGAUCAUUCCUCGCACCGACCGGCCGUUCAAAACAAGCAUCGUCUUCGCUCACGACAAAGGAACAUCGGUGCUGUUCAAAGUCCUAUCAGCCUUCGCUUUCAGGAACAUUAGCUUGACAAAAAUCGAGAGCAGACCUCACCGGAAUCGGCCAAUUAGGCUGGUGGACGACGCCAACGUGGGGACGGCGAAACACUUUGAAUACAUGUUUUAUGUAGAUUUUGAUGCAUCAAUGGCGGACGUAAGGGCUCAGAACGCUUUGGCGGAGGUUCAGGAAUUCACAUCUUUCUUGAGGGUGUUGGGUAGUUACCCCAUGGACAUGACCCCUUGGUCUCCUUCUCGGGAUGACUAAAUGGAUUUAUGACGUCAUUAAAUUAAAUAAUGUAUAUGUUAAAAACCCCAUUUUCAUAUGUUAACUUUCCUUUUUUGUGAUUUUGAAAACGAAAUUAUCCAUAAAUACCUCCUUCAAA